GCCACGUCCCCGGCUCCCCGCCCAUGAUUAUCAGCUACUGAAAUCCACGUCUCCAAACAACCAUUUUAUCCUAAAUCCAGAUUCUCUAAUCCAUCCAAAAUCCUAGCUUAUCAAAAUCUAGAAUUUGAUCCCAACGGGACCCUAGCUCGCUCGUUGACAACCGGCCUGCCCCCAUAUUCUUUUCUCUCGACCGGAAACGCCACCACACAAACCUGCGCCGCCGCCGCCGGACUUCCCCUCCUCCCCUACCCCGCUCCCUUCCUCCAACCCAUCGCUGCCCAAUCCAACACCGCCGGAGCGCCCUGCACUGCAACACCCCGGCGAGAGGGGGGGGACCAAGGAGAUGAGGCUGGUGGGGUUGACGGGCGGGAUCGCGUCCGGGAAGAGCACCGUGUCCAACCUCUUCAAGGACGCCAGAGUCCCUGUCGUCGACGCCGACGUCGUUGCUCGGAAUGUAGUGCAAAAAGGUACUGGAGGUUGGAAGAAGAUUGUAAAAGCCUUUGGGGAUGAAAUUUUGUUAGACUAUGGAGAAAUUGACAGAGCUCGCUUGGGACAAAUUGUGUUUUCUGACCCAUCAAAGCGACAACUUCUUAACUGUCUUCUAGCACCACAUAUUUCUUCUGGCAUAUUCUGGGAGAUUGCAAAACUGUGGAUGAAGGGAUGCAAGGUUAUCGUCCUCGACAUCCCGCUGUUGUUUGAGACAAAGAUGGAUAGAUGGACAAAUCCAAUCAUUGUUGUCUGGGUUAAUCCAGAAACCCAGAUCGAGAGGCUCAUGUCAAGAGAUAGUUGCUCUGAAGAACAGGCUCAGAACAGGAUCAACACGCAGCUUGCUCUAGACUGGAAGAAGUCGGAAGCGGACAUAGUGAUCGACAAUUCUGGGUCACUGGAUGACACCAAACAUCAGUUUCAGGAGGUGUUGAGGAAAGUCUCCGAGCCCUUGACAUGGAAGGAGCGCUUGCGAUCCCGAGACGGUCUGAUCUCUGUUGUCAUGUGUACAGCAGUGGGGGUAUUACUUGCCCAGAAGAACCUGCUAUGAUCCUGAUAAGUUUGAGGAGGUUAAAACCAGUGAUGAUGUGUUUCUGGAGACCGGCACAAAUAAGCUCGUCUGGUCUCUUAAGAGUGGAAAUUGGAUGGCUGCAUUUGAACCAUAAUGAUAAAAUAAAAUUUCAUAUGAUUUAGUGUUUUACGGUA